CCGAGCAGUGCAGGUGAGAGGAGAAAAAAAAACAGAGGAGGAGGCGCGUGUGGAGGAGUGAGAGAGAAUGCGGGACUCUUGGAAAAAGACGCAUCUACACUCGGUCCAUCACCGAGACAUCCAUCCCGAACACGGGCUGCACAGGAUUAUGCUAAAUUGAUGCUGCACUCGGGAUACCCCCCUUUUAGUCCACAAAGAGUGGCUCUGGUUUUUCUAUUUUAUGAGAAAAUACAUGAUUAGAAAGUCGGCUUGCAAAACACUCCUCUCUCCAGAUAACUUGCGUGAAGGAAUCCGACUGCUUGGCACGUUGCUCCACUGCGGGAAAAAGAGGAAAACGCAGCUGGAUCUGAAGUGGUGCUGCAUUGCAGUUUCUAACUGUGAAAAACGCGAGAAAAGCCUCUGUCCCAAAUGUGACUGGAAUAAAAAGAAGUUACAAAUAGCAUUAUGAACUGAUAAGCACCCUUGUCCGGAUAGCUCUCCGGUUUACGGAGGGAAGAGAAAGAAGUGAGGAAGUGGAUUAAUCCAAUUCUGAUAAAUUAGUUUUAUUUUUCGCAGCAGGAUGGAUUUUUUUAUAUCUCUGAGGCUUAAACAGCCCAGCAAGAUAAGAGCACUGCUGCUAUAGAAGUUUGAAAAUAAAAAUCACUGGGUAUAGGAGGAGAACAGAAGAAAGAAGCCUGUGCCACUGAAGUGAACUACAGUCAGAAAGCUUUUCUCCGGACCUCAGGCAGCAGUCCACAGAGAGUGGUAGAGAAAGGGUAAGAAAGGAUAAACCAAACACCCACGCCGUGAGGUACACCAGAACAUAAAUAAAGAAGAGACGAGCCGCAGCUACGAGACAGACAGAGCGGGAAGGAGAGAAGCGAGAGAAAGAGCCAUGCAGAGGCUUGGUGCAGUGCACUCCUCCGCGGCGCAGGUUCUCAGCCUCGUGGUCUUAGUGCUGCAGCUGCUGACUCAGCUACCGGGUGCCGACUCAGCUCUCCGGUACCGGGUGGCGGAGGAGGGUCCACCUGACGUCAAGAUUGGCAACGUAGCCGCAGACCUUGGCCUCACAGCAGGUACAGGCAGUGGGGAUGUCACCUUUGCCCUGGAGAGCGGCUCAGAGUACUUCAAGAUUGACAAUGUGACAGGUGAGCUGACAACCGGCCCACGGCGCAUCGACAGAGAGAAACUCCCCCAGUGCCAGAUGAUAUUUGAUGAAAAUGAGUGUUUCUUGGACUUUGAAGUGUCAGUGAUCGGGCCACUGCAGAGCUGGGUAGACCUGUUUGAAGGCCGUGUUGUCAUCACAGACAUCAAUGACAAUACACCUUCCUUCCCCUCACCUGUGCUGCAGCUCUCAGUUGAAGAGAAUCGGCCCAUUGGAACCCUUUACCUGCUUCCCACUGCCACAGAUAGAGAUUUUGGGCGAAAUGGCAUUGACCGUUAUGAGCUCAUUCAGGACGGUGGGGCUGGGUCAACUUCAUCAAGACGCACAGCAGGAGGAAACCCCAUUACUAGAGUAGAUGGGCUUGGAGACCGGAGGGGUAGAAGUGGAGAUAAUGGGGGAGGAGCUAGAAGCAGUGUGUUUGAACUGCAAGUGGCAGAUAUACCAGAUGGUGAAAAACAGCCACAGCUCAUUGUGAAAGGCACCUUAGACCGUGAGCAAAAAGAUUCAUAUGAGCUUGUCCUGAGGGUUCGAGAUGGAGGGAACCCACCACGUUCCUCCCAAGCUCUGCUUCGUGUUUCUAUCUCUGACGUGAAUGACAACAGCCCACAAUUUGAGAGGUCUACAUAUGAAGCAGAAAUGGCAGAAAAUGCCCCUCCAGGUACACCUGUCCUCCAGGUUAGAGCAUCAGACCGUGAUAUUGGAGUCAAUGGGCAAGUGGAGUACGUCUUUGGAGCUGCAACUGAGUCUGUCAGGCGACUCCUAAGGCUGGAUGAAGCAACUGGAUGGCUGAGCGUUCUCCACAGGAUUGAUAGAGAAGAAGUGGCACAACUGAGGUUCACAGUAAUGGCCAGGGACCGCGGCCAGCCACCCCGCACUGAUCGAACCACGGUAGUUUUGGCUGUUCGGGAUGAAAAUGACAAUGUUCCUGUUGUAGAGAUCCGAAAAAUUGGCCGGAUCCCUGUACGAGACGGAGCCUCUUUAGUGCCAGAGAAUGUCUUGGUGGACACACCAGUAGCUCUGGUCCAGGUGUCAGACCGGGACCAGGGAGAGAAUGGAGCUGUGACUUGCACAGUAGUAGGAGAUGUCCCAUUCACACUCAAGCCGGCUGGGGAAACAGUGCUCCCACCCUUACCUGCAGAUGACGCCUUUGACAGGAACAAGAAAAAGUACUUCUUACACACUUCUGCCUUGCUGGACUACGAGGCCACAAAAGAGUACAGUGUAACAAUUGUGGCAGUAGAUUCUGGCAGCCCCAGUCUCUCUAGUAACAGCUCAUUGAUGGUGCGAGUUGUAGAUAUCAAUGACCAUGCUCCAACCUUUGCCCAGAGUGUUGUGGAGGUCCACUUUGCAGAGAACAACUCGCCUGGCGAAAGGGUAGUCACUGUUGUAGCUACAGAUGCAGACAGUGGCAAGAAUGCUGAAAUUGCCUACUCACUCGACCCUGCUGCUAAUGGACCAUUUUACAUAGAUGCAGACAAUGGAGACAUUCGUGCCACUGGGGUUUUGGACCGUGAGCAGCGAGAGCGAUAUGAACUGCGGGUUUUUGCAAAGGACAAAGGCACCCCGUCUUUACAAGGCUCUGCCAGUGUUGUUGUUCAGGUGACCGAUCGCAAUGACAACGCUCCAAAGUUUGUUCAGGAAAUCUUCACAUUUUAUGUAAAGGAGAAUCUGCUAGCCAACAGUCCAGUCGGCAUGGUCACUGUGACUGAUGCUGACGAAGGUCAGAAUGCAGAACUAAGUCUUUUUGUAGAGAUGGAUGGAGUUGAUGAGAAGAUGACAGGAGAAAAAUCAGAGGGAGAAGAUGGUAAAAAAGAGAAUGAAGAAUUGUUCUCCAUUGAGAACAACACUGGAACCAUCUUCUCUUCUGCAUCAUUUGACCGUGAAAAGCUUUCCACCUACACUUUCCGUGUCCGGGCAGUGGAUGGAGGUGAGCCUCGCAAAACUGCUACUGCCACCGUCUCGCUGUUUGUGACGGACGAAAAUGACAACGUCCCCGCAAUUACUUCUCCAGCCAACGAGUCCUACACCCUCCUACCGCCUGCUAGCAGUGCCCGCACCAUUGUCAAAACUGUAACAGCCAUAGACUCAGACACAGGCCCAAAUGCUGAUCUUCACUACUCUCUAGUAGGAGGAAAUCCCUUCCGACUGUUUGAGAUUGGCCACACCAAUGGAGUGAUCACCCUGGCAGAGCCUCUGGAGCGCCGCCACAGAGGUCUACAUCGUUUGGUGGUCCGAGUGAAUGACAGUGGCAUCCCCUCUCUCUGUGCCACUGCGCUGGUUCAUGUCUUCAUUAAUGAGAGCUUGGCUAAUGCUUCACUAGUGGAUGCACAGGUGGCCCGAAGCCUGAUGGCUCCGCUGUCACUAGACAUUGCAGGGGACCCAGACAGCGAGCGUGCGUUAGGCAAGCAGCGCCUCAGUGUAGCAAUUGGUGUCCUGGCAGGAGCCGCAGCAGUCAUCUUGGUUAUUCUUCUGGUAGUCACAGCUCGGCAGUGUGGUGCUCAGGGUAAGAAUGGCUAUGAGGCCGGCAAGAAGGAGCCAGAGGAAGAUUUCUUUGGUCCCACGGGGGCGCAGCCACAGGUUGGCCGUGGUGGGGGAUCAGAUCGUGGACGCAAGCCUCGUCGGGACAAGCGCAGUGGAAGCAGUGGGAAUGGACCUGGAGGAGGAAAGUCAGACAGAGCCCUCUACAGUGGUAUAGUCACAGUCAACGGACUGCGUCGCCAUGCCAAUGAUGAUGAUGAAGAGGAUCUGAGCAGUGCUAGUGAGCGCCUGGCAGCUCGUUACUGUGCUGUGGAUGGUGACCCUGGAAGCCCGCGGAUGGGCGGUGGUAGGAGGCAUCAGUCAAGCCCAGAUCUGGCCCGGCACUACAAAUCCAGCUCGCCCCUCCCCGCAGUGAAUCUUCAGCCUCACUCACCUCCAGCAGAGGGAAAGAAGCACCAGGCAGUCCAGGAGCUGCCUCCCUCUAACACCUUUGUAGGCAGUGGUGGGUGUGUGGGAAGUGCUGGUUCCAGCAGCAGCAGUAGUGGAGGCAGUGGCAAUGCAGAUGCCAUGUCGCUGGGAUCUGACCAGUGCUCAGAGUAUGGCUGCCAGACUGGAAACAAGUACAGCAAACAGGGGACCCUUCGCCGGGUGACCUUCUCGGUAGUGAGCCAACCACAGGACGGUGGUUGCUAUGACAGUGGCCUGGAAGACUCGGAGACUCCGAGUAGCAAGAGUUCAUCAGGGCCUCGGUUGGGAGCCCUGCCACUUCCAGAGGAAGGCUACGAGCGAACCACACCUGAGGGCAGCGUAGGGGAGGAGGAGCAUGUGGAGAAUGAUGCUAGACAGCUGCCAGAUGUAGCUUUGACAGGGAAGUGUACCAGGGAGUGUGAUGAGUUUGGCCAUUCUGACACUUGUUGGAUGCCUGUCCGCUCUUCGGCACGGCCGCGUCAGCGCCACGGCAGCGACCCACCACGACUCUCGACCUUUGCCCCCGGAGAUGACAACAAUAAUCUUCGCGGUAACGACCAUGAGAGUGACAGUGAGAGUGCGGGAAGCGCGGGGAGCUCCGAACCCGGAGUGGUCGUCAGUGGAGAAGGUCAGAGAUUACCUCUAGCCAAUGGGGAUCCGCUUGGCACCCUGGGUAGGGGAAACCACAACAGGAAUAUGGGUGAUCACAACCGUAACCUUCUUAACCGCAAGAUGACUUCUGCAUCCUACGACACAUUUAGCAGUGCUGGUUUUGGGAGACGCCAACAAGAGGAGGGAGGGGGAGAAGGCCAAAACCCACCUGAGGUCAUACCACUGACGCGGACAGGAGGGGACUACAAGACCACAUCCUGCCUGACCUUGUCACGCCGUGAGGUCUACCUGUGACAUCCUUGCAGUCCUCACCACUACUUCCUUUUCCGUAACAAGAGGGAGGAUUAAAACUUCACUGGCAAGUCAUCAGCGUGAAAGGACUUGGAACCUGGGAAGAUGUGAAACUGUCAGAAAAGAUGUUUUCCAAAAAUACUUUUUGAUUCUGACUAAUAUUUAUAGGCCCUUAAAUGUAGGAAAAAAAUUGGAUCAACUCCUAGGAGAACCCUGAACAGAAAGAACACUUUCUAAAGCAUUUUUCUAAAUACUGGUGAAAGUUACCUACAGGCAAAGCUCCUCUUAUGACAAUGUGGAGGAGGACAAUCUUCUCUUCUUUUUACCUGAAUCUGAUGCAUGCCUGACCCUAUCCCACAGAGGGAACUGUAUGAAGAAGAAAGAAGCGGAGACGGUGUAAAUUCUGAUGCUAUAAAUUCCUGAGUGCGUAUAAAAACUGAGUCUACAGCAGACCAGAUUUGGACUCAACUGGUGAGCCAUCUGCUGAAAAACCACAGAGGUUUCAUCCAGUCAAAACAGAUUAAAAAAGAAGUGACGGGUCUUUGAUUGAGUUAUUUGAAUCUAAUUCAAACCAAUCAAUUUUUCUAAUGUCUAAUCAACUGUAUCAUAACACAAGAGGGGGAUAUUAACCAAUCAAACUGCUCAUGUCUUGAGGAUUUUCUGUCAUAAAUAGAGCGUAAAGUACCGCCCGAGUGUGAUCGCCGUAAUGUUACACACUAGAAAAAAACGUCAGUUGUUUAAAACACAUACGAUUCAGAACAAACAGCAACAAUGUGAAAACAGACUUUUCUUACAAUCAAAUGUAAUUUUUCAGAAUACAGUGUCCUCAUAGUAUGUCAGUAGUGCCACAGUAUUCGGGCGUGUGUGAGAAUAUAUGUUUAUUAUUUUACCUUUACACCCAGUCUGUAUGUAUAUAGUGUAUGUCAGUAUUUGAUAAAACAGCAGCGUUAUCUCUCCGCUGCUGUCUUUCGUUGAGUAGACUGGGGUGCUUAGUUCAUUGCACAUCUGCGGUAUCCUAACGGUGUUCAUGUAUGAUAAGUGCUCUCUCACGCACACGCGGACACAUAUGCACUCAUACGCAUGCAAGCGCUCAUACACUGAGCAUAGCAUGUAAACACAAACAUACAGUGCAUUUACAGAAUGUGGACGUGCAUAAGGCCACCGUUUAUGACACGAGUCAGUGGCUGUGUAACAUAAAGUAUGUAAUAACCUGCAUUAACUUUCAUACAGAAAAAAUUAAGAACAGGCAAACACAACACACACAUACACACAGCAUAUUUAAACAUAAGUCAUAUAAACUAAGUGCAUAGUUCAUGUGCACUAUGUAUGUAUGUGCUUUUUUAUCAUAAUUUUUUAACAUUAUCAUUGAACUAGCUGUAGCAUUUUGCCUGCUCCCCUCCAUCCAGUAUUUAAACAUGAAAUGUAUUUAAUAAUUAUUCAUCUCUGACUGAUGUGUGAGACUACAUUAAAGGGAAUUUCAGUGACAUCUACUGUAAGUGACGAUAGACAAUGUGAAAACCGGAGCUAUUCUGCUGUACGUAGGACUCAUAGAAAAGACCAAACUUCUAUAGCUUCUGUAAGAAAAAAAGGAAAGAAAAAAACUGCAUGAAAGAAAGAUUAU